UUUGAUGGGUUAGACAAAAAACAAAUCUCGUUGGAUAUGAGUUACAAUAACAUCAAUAAAUUAACGGGAAACACAUUAGCUGGGUUAACAGGAGCGUAUGAAUUACAUAUGAGUAGUAAUAACAUCAGUGUUGUGGAUAAAGAUGCAUUUAGACAACUCGUCUCUUUACAUGAUCUCAAACUAGACCAAAACAAGAUUGCACAGUUGGAGGACUUUACCUUUCAAAGCAUGGUCGAUUUACAAAACCUGGACAUGAGUCACAACAAUUUAUCUGCAAUUACUAAUGAUACGUUUGUCGGGUUGACUUCACUUUUAUGGUUGAAUUUGUCAUAUAACUGGAUUACAACCAUUGCCCAAGAUGCAUUCAAAUCAUUGCAAUCAAGCGACAUUAACCUCAGUUUUAAUAGGUUACAAAAUCUGAAAGCUGAGGUUUUCUCUCAUCUUACAAGCACAGCUAAUGUAAGACUUGCUGGCAACUUGUGGAAUUGUGAUUGUCACCUAAGGUGGUUGAGAGAAGCACUGGACAAUGCCACUUAUACCAUUGAGCUUCCGUACACUCUCAAAUGUGCAACACCAGUCAAGCUCGCAGAAAAGUCUUUCAUUGAUCUUAAACCAAGCGAUUUUGUAUGUAUGUAGAACGAAAUUUAUUAUUCCUAAUACAAAUAGAUAAUUCGAGCAGACUUUUAUUUGUAAAAUCAUAAUCAGAUAAAAAAAAUAUAUACAAAAUACAUGGAUGAGAAAACAUUGUUCAAUAUUUUAUAAGCCAUUAUAAUUUUACGCUUUCCCACCGGAGAAAAAACGACAAUCUACAUUGUGCGAAAAUGUUUCCUAUUUCCGAACCAUAUUU